AUGCAACAAUAUCAUUUCAAUACUGCCGCCCCGAAAUCGACUUCACAUAAGAAUUGUACCGUUGCUAUCUACGAGAACGACAUUGUCAUCGACGUGAACGUUGUUGAUAUCACGAUCAUCAUCAUUGAUGGUUUCCAUGUGACGAAGACUGUUACUAUAACCGAUAGCAUCACAUAUACUCCGACUCCUCCCAUCCAAACCACCACAACCUCGCCUCACAGCACUGAAACCGGUAUCUCGAAUGGCGAAAUUCAUCAUGUAACUGUAGGCGAUAAAGGGCUCAAGAUUUACUCUCCAAACCAAAUUAACGCCAACUCCAACUUUAACACCCCCUGCAACUUCAAUGGCGGUUUUGAUACUGGCUUCAACCAAUUCAAUCCCACCAACGCUACCAACAUUACUCGUGAUUUCGUCGUUAAUACAAACAAACCAAUUUGGUUCCACUGUGCUCAAGCAAAUCCAAAAUCCCAUUGCCAAGCUGGUAUGGUUCCUGGUAUCAACCCCGGUGAUAGGUUCGAUGCUUUCUUAGAAAGAGUAAAGAACAGCGGUAACUCCACAGUCAUUCCUUCUGGAACGGGAUAUAUCACCGGCGUUCCGACUCCCACUGAUACUUACACCACUAAGACCGGGUCUUGGAUCACGGGUGUUCCAGCACCGUCUGGAUAUCCUUCGACAACUUCUGAGAAAAGCGACGUAUAA